AUUCCACCUGACAGAACCAUUGGAAUCUCAUUCUUGUCCAAACAGAAUCGAAUACGCUGAAUCCCGUCUUUCUCAUUCCCAUUCUGCCAUCCCAAUCCAAUCUUGGCGAAAUCGGAGAUUUGUUGCCCGUGAGGUCAGUUCAAAGCUAUAAAAGUGGCCGGCUAGUAUUUUUCAAGUCAUAGAGAGCCAAGAAGGUGACGGCUCCCUUUCUGGGGUGGAAAUCCAUUCCCUAUCGUGUGUCAGAGAAAUUGGAAUUCAAAUUCCGAAAAACUCAUCUUUUCGUUCCCACACAAAAGAGAGUUUGAGUCAUAGUGUUAACCUUACUUCUUAUUUCAACCUCAAAUCCAGCCAUUGGCCGUCCACAUUUUUUCACCAAAAUCGCAUACAACACCAUGGCACCAAUUCUUCCUGAUCCAACAGCUGACCUUCACUGGUCAGCAUUUCGAGGAGCAAUUCAAGAAAUCUUCGCCGCCAAUGCCGAAGCCCAUCCAGACAGACUUUGUGUGGUAGAAACAGCAGCCGGUUCUUCACCAAGACGAGAAUUUACUUAUAGACAAAUCAAUGAAGCAUCAAAUAUUCUGGCUCACCAUUUGGUGCAGUCUGGCAUUCAGAGAGGAGAGGUGGUGAUGUCUUACAGCCAUCGUGGUGUGGACUUGGUUGUGACGGUCAUGGGGAUUUUGAAAGCUGGAGCCACAUUUUCUGUCAUCGACCCCUCAUAUCCACCCGAUCGCCAAAAUAUUUAUCUAGAUGUUGCGAGGCCACGGGCCUUGGUAGUAAUCGACAAAGCCACCAAAGAGGCCGGAGAAUUAACCUACAAGGUUCGAAAUUUCAUCAAGGAAAACCUAGACUUGCGUACCGAAGUCCCUGGGCUGGAAUUGAAGGAUGAUGGGACUCUUGUCGGUGGCAGUAUCAAUGGAAAAGACGUAUUAAAAGAGCAAAUCUCUUUGAAGAGUAAGGGACCAGGUGUUGUUGUCGGACCAGAUUCUACGCCCACUCUGUCCUUCACAUCUGGAUCUGAAGGACGACCGAAAGGUGUUCGGGGCCGCCACUACUCUCUCGCGUAUUACUUUGAUUGGAUGGCUGAAAAUUUCAAGCUCACUAAAGACGACAAGUUUACUAUGUUGAGUGGAAUUGCUCAUGACCCAAUCCAAAGAGACAUCUUCACUCCUCUCUUCCUGGGCGCUCAACUAUUGGUGCCUUCCAAGGAUGAUAUUCAACACGAGAGACUGGCCGAGUGGAUGCGUGAACAUGGCGCUACUGUCACUCAUCUCACGCCAGCCAUGGGUCAAAUCUUGGUUGGUGGUGCAAGCGCAGAGUUCCCAGCACUGCAUCAUUCAUUCUUCGUUGGAGAUAUCUUGAUCAAAAGAGACUGCAAGGCACUGCAAAAGCUUGCUGCCAAUGUCUCAAUUGUCAAUAUGUACGGCACAACAGAGACUCAACGAGCCGUCAGCUACUUUGAGAUUCCAAGUCGUGCUGCAGAUCCAGAAUACCUGGAGAAAAUGGGAAACGUAAUCCCGGCUGGAAAAGGAAUGAAGGACGUACAACUAUUGAUCGUGGAUCGAGAGAACCGCAAUCGUAUUUGUGAUGUUGGAGAAAUUGGAGAGAUUUACGUUCGAGCUGCUGGUUUAGCCGAAGGAUAUCUCGGAAGUGAUGAGCUUACCAAGACCAAGUUCAUUGAUAGCUGGUUCGUGGAUAACUCCAAGUGGAUUGAAGAGGAUAAGAAGGUGGCCAAGUCAUUAAGCGAAGAACCAUGGAGAGAAUUUUACAAAGGUCCAAGAGAUCGUAUGUACAGAUCUGGAGAUCUAGGUCGAUACACAGAAACUGGCGAUGUUGAAUGUGUCGGUCGAGCCGAUGAUCAGGUCAAAAUCCGUGGCUUCAGAAUUGAGCUUGGUGAAAUUGACAAAUACCUUUCGGAUCAUGAUAUGGUAAUGGAUAAUGUCACUCUGGUUCGCAGAAACAAGGACGAAGAACAAACUCUGGUCAGCUAUAUCGUUCCAGAUAUGCAGAAGUGGGCUCAGUGGCAUAAAUUCAAUGGAUUUGAAGAUGAUACAUCUGGCGAAGGUAUUCAAGGUCGUCUUCGCCGCUUCUGGCCCCUCGGAGAUGAUGUCAAGAAGUACCUUAAGACCAAACUCGCAUCCUACGCUAUUCCUGAUAUCAUCAUUCCACUAGAAAGAUUUCCUUUGAAUCCCAAUGGAAAGAAAGACAAACCUGCGCUUCCAUAUCCCGACGCUGCACAACUGGCAGCCGCUCGCCCAAUUACCAAUAUGGCAGAACUGUCACCUAUAGAGAAGGAGGUAGCAAGUAUCUGGGGUUCGCUGAUAUCAACAAUUGAUGAGAGAACCAUGAGUCCCGAUGAUUCAUUUUUCGAUAUUGGUGGUCACAGUAUUUUGGCACAGCAGAUGCUUUUCAAAGUCAACCAACAAUGGACCGGCAUCGACAUUAACAUGAGUGUUAUUUUCCAAAAUCCAACUCUUAAAGUCUUUGCCGCCCAUAUCGAAAAGAAGACCUCUUCGCCCAAUGGAACCGACAACGUAGAGGCGGAUGCUGCAGAAGAUUAUGCCGGAGAUGCCAAAGCCCUCAUCUCCCAAUUACCGGCUAGCUUCAAGUCAGCAGAUUCCGCUAUAUCACCAUCUACACCUCUCACUGUCUUCCUUACCGGAGCUACUGGUUUCUUGGGUUCCUACAUUCUGCGAGACCUUUUAACCCGCACAUCACAAAACAUCAAAGUCAUCGCACACGUCAGAGCAAUUGACGCCGCUGCAGCUUUAAACAGAGUCACUCUAACUUGCCAAGCAUAUGGUGUAUGGGAUCCAUCGUGGACUUCUCGUAUCACCUGUGUAACUGGAAAUCUCGGAGACCCACGAUUAGGCCUCUCAGAAACCGACUGGAACAAACUCGCAAAUGAAGUCAAUGUCAUCAUCCACAACGGCGCUCUCGUCCAUUGGGUUUACCCAUACUCAAACCUCAAGCCCGCAAACGUUCAAGGAACACUUGAUAUCCUCUCAUUAUGCGCUACCGGAAUCCCCAAGUAUCUCUCCUUUGUUUCGUCUACCUCCGUCCUUGAUACCGAGCACUUCGUCAACCUUUCCAAAGCUAGAAACAGCGUUCCUGAAGACGACGAUCUUUCUGGAAGCGCAACAGGUCUAGGAACAGGAUAUGGGCAAUCCAAAUGGGUAGCCGAGUAUCUCAUCCGCGAAGCAGGAGCUCGCGGUCUGCGCGGAACAAUCGUUCGUCCAGGAUACGUAACAGGCGACAAGAUCUCAGGAGUAACCAACACCGACGAUUUCCUGAUCCGUAUGGCGAAAGGGUGUAUCCAACUCGGCUGCCGACCCAAGAUCUCCAACACCGUUAACAUGGUCCCUGUCAACCACGUAGCGAGAGUCGUCAUCGCCGCUGCUUUCUCCUCCCCAAAGACACCUCUUGGUGUUGCACAGGUUACUAGUCACCCCCGUCUUACUUUUAGCCAGUAUCUUGCUACCCUUGAGACUUACGGGUAUGAGGUUCCAGAGGUAGAGUACGGAGUUUGGAAGAAGAAAUUAGAGGACUACGCCGCAGCCGCAGCGGAAGAUGGAAGAGAACAACACGCUUUGUAAGUCCACCUCUCCCUCCCCCUUCCUCCCUCCCCUAAACCCUCAUCCCCCUUCCCCUCCCCACAAACCCCAAUCAAACUAACACACCCCCAAGAAUGCCCCUUUACCACUUCGCAACCACCAACCUCCCAGCCGACACCAUCGCCCCUGAAAUGUCCGACAUCAACGCCGCCACAGCCCUGCGCUCCGACGCCCUCUUCACGGGUGAAGAUCUCUCCUCGGGUGCCGCUGUUGAUGAGGAGAUCAUGGGCAGGUAUCUGGCGUAUCUUGUUGGUGUGGGUUUUAUGAAGGGUCCUGAGGCUGGCAAGGGGAUCGAAUUACCGACGGGGUCUAUUACGGCGGAGCAGAAGGUUGCGUUGUUGAGGGUUGGGGGGAGGGGGGCUUUGAUUUGA